GAAAAGGAGAAAAUGUCUUUGACCAUUACUAUCAUUCAAAAAACGCGUCAACGAGUGAAUCAAGUGACGUGGCCGCUGACUUUUACGGACAUUACAAAGAAGACAUUGCCCUUGCAGCAAAAAUUGGUCUAAAUGUUUUCCGGUUCUCAUUUUCGUGGUCGAGGAUCUUCCCCGACGGUGAUACAUCUCAACCGGCCAAUUCAAUGGGAGUGCAACACUAUCACAAGGUUCUCGAUGAGAUGCGUAAUCACAACAUCGAACCAAUGGUGACUAUAUUCCACUUCGACUAUCCUCAAGCUCUGGAGGUCAAGUUUGGUGGCUGGGCGGGCGAAGAAAUGAUCGACGUGUUCGUCGAAUACGCGGACUUCCUCUUCAAAGAGUACGGUAGCAAGAUUAAGUACUGGCUGACCAUUAACGAGCCAGAGUUGUACUGCGACACCCUUGCCGGAGGCAUGCUAGCACCAUCUACGAUGACGACGCCAGAAAAGCAGAACGCAUGCCUAAAAAACACCAUUCUGGCCCACGCGAAAGCCCACAAGAUCUACGAGGAAAAAUAUAAGGCCAAGUACAAAGGCUUAGUUGGCGUUGGCGCGGGGCCACGUUUCUACCAUGGAGCCACCAAUUCAGAGGAAGACAUCACUGCAGCUGAAAAUGCUAACGUCAACACUGGAAUUGGGCUAACCAUCGACCCUUUAGUCUUCGGCGACUACCCGGAAGCAGUGCGUGAUUCGAGAAAGGCAUUUACAGAUGAAGAGAAGGAUCUUAUUAAAGGAAGAAUCGAUUUUGUGGGUGUGAACAUGUAUGGAGGCCAGAACGCAAGUUCAUCCGGAGGCGGAGGUAGUGAUGGUCCACCCGGGGAUGGCGGCAGCGGCGGAGGGGACGAUCAGGGACCACCUCCUGGUGACGGUGGUUCGGGUGAUGGCAGUGGCGGAAACAGGCCCGAUUCAUUUGGUGACGUUGGGAGUGCUUGGGUAUUACGUGAGAUGCCGCUUUGGAUCAAGAAACGAUACGAAACGAACGGCAGAAAACUACCAGUCUUUAUAACAGAAAAUGGCAUCAACUCACCAGGAAAUACAUCGGCAGUGGACGACUGGGACACACGUGCCGUUUACGCCAGCGCGUUCCUCCGAGAACUAGUGGCUGGUAUUAAUGAAAAUGGAACAAACGUUAUCGGUUUUACGGCAUGGAGUUUUAUCGACACAUUCGAGUUUCAUAGCUAUGGUAACUGGGGAAUGGUGCACGUGGACUUCAACAGCACUGGGCUGGAGCGCACCUUGAAGAACUCGUGGACAUUCUUCAAGAGGGUAAUGAAAACGCGCGUCGUGCCGCUCGUCGAGGCCGGCUCUCAACCAUUCCCAGACGACGACUCCACAACUACCACCAGCACGACAGCCCGCACAUCUAGCAGCGUUCCACUUGCAGGCUCUGCAGUUUUGGCCAUAGCCGCAUUCCUAAUAGCAAUAUUUAUAUAAUAAAGUAGGCCUUCCAA